AUGAAGAGGGACAGGAGUAUUCAGAGCGUGGAAAUACCAUGUACUGUAGACAGUGAUGACGACGAGAGUGAAUUAGAGGAACUGGAUACUGUAGAGAGUGUGCGUGAAACUGAAAUGUCUGAUAACAUAUUGAAGAAAUCUCUUGGACAAUGA